GUAACACUUACACCUUCUGCACUCUUCCCUCUUCUUCUUCUCCUUCUUCUAAUCCUCUUCCUCCUCCUCCUUCUCAUGUCCUCGCCCGUCGCUCGGAGUUACAAAACAUACCUUACCAUGGCAGAGAAUGACGAGGCUGAGCCGGCCACAACAGAGCGUCUCCGCUUCAAAGAUGAGGAGGCGGCAGUUGGCGGUGGCGGCGCCGGUCACCAUCACGGCCGCCAUGCCACAAUGGCAGCCGGCAGCAGGCGCCCUCAACUCGCUCGCCAGUCGACAGCAAUUUCGGAGGACUCCAUGUCCAUCCGGCCCGCGAGCAGGCGCCAGGACCCCAGUGCUGCUCUGCCGAUUCAAUACCGAACCUUAUCAAUUGAUCUCGACGACGCGAAGGCUAAGGAUAAGAAUAAUGCGGCUAUCGAGGACCUCGCCGACCUGGACUGGCAUAUAAUACAAACCCAUGAACUCACCCAGCGACUAAACGUGUCCGACAGUCACGGCCUCUCCGAAGAACAAGUCAAGCGCCGCCUGACAAAGUACGGCAAGAACGCGCCGUCACCCCCAAAGACACACCGGCUCAAGACAACCGCGGGCUACUUCUUCAAGGGCUUCGGUUCGGUACUGGUCGUGGCCUCGGUGCUCGUCUUCAUCGCGUGGCGGCCCCUGGGCGACCCGCCUGCGCAGGCAAACCUGGCCCUCGCAAUCGUGCUGUUGGCCGUCUUCUUCAUCCAGGCCGGCUUCAACAUGUGGCAGGAUUGGAGCUCGAGCCGUGUCAUGGCCAGCAUCAAAACCAUGCUGCCUGAGCAUUGCCAGGUCGUACGUGACGGUGCCCGGGCAUCGCUUCCCGCGGCGGAGCUCGUCCCCGGUGAUGUGCUGCUUGUCAGUGCUGGGAACAAACUACCUGCGGAUGUUAGGUUCAUUAAGGUCUCGUCUGAUACCAAGUUUGAUCGCUCUAUUCUUACGGGUGAAUCUGUCCCGCUGGCGGCCACUGUCGACUCUACUGACCCGAAUUACCUGGAGACGAGAAACAUCGGCCUCCAAGGAACACACUGUGUGUCCGGCAGUUGUACCGGAAUAGUUGUGUCAACGGGUAACAAGACUGUGUUUGGACAGAUCGCGAAACUUACAAAUGAGCCCAAGGUCGGGCUGUCGACUCUGGAAAAGGAGAUACUGAGCUUUGUUUGGAUCAUCUGCUCUAUAAUGAUCCUCAUGAUCAUCAUCGUGAUUGUUUUAUGGGCUGCUUGGUUGCGAACAACUUAUCCUGAUUGGAUAAAUGUCCCUACACUUAUAGUAGGGUGUGUGUCCGUGGCAGUUGCUUUCAUUCCUGAAGGUCUGCCCGUUGCUCUGACGGCGAGCUUGACAAUAAGCGCAAAUAUGAUGCGGAAGAACAACAUAUUGUGCAAAUCGCUCAAGACAGUGGAGACCUUGGGUGCUGUGAGUGUCAUUUGCUCAGACAAAACUGGAACACUUACUUCGAACCAAAUGGUCGUCACGGACUGCUUCGUGGGCCUGGAAAAGAUGACAGCCGACAAUGUCAGAGAUACCCUCAUAGCAGAAAGAAACAUAGACGGAAACUUUGCAGGAAACGCGAUCGACCAGCUCAAGACAAUCGCUGGUCUCUGCAAUGCUGCUGAAUUCGAUGCCCAGACCAGAAAGCUGCCUCUGGAUCAGCGGAAGGUACAUGGUGAUGCUACCGACACUGCCAUUCUUCGCUUUUCUGAGUAUCUCGGACCCAUUUCCGAGAUGAAGAGAUGCUGGCACACCAAAUUCGACUUGGCUUUCAACAGUAAGAACAAGUUUAUGAUUAGGGUCCUCAGUCUGGCUCAUCCCGACGGCAAGACCGACGCAAUGCCUCUCGAUGUCGCAUCGGUGUUUGAGCCCAGUGACCUAACCGGGGCCUCCCACCUCAUGACCGAUGCCGCCAAAGCCAAGAUUGAGGAAGCACAGGCAGAAUAUUCAGCACGGGGUCGCCGAGUGCUCCUCCUUGCCCACAAGACGUUAUCUCGCUCCUCUUUGAAGACCUCCCCUCUGUCCUCGGCGUUCGAGAAGGAGAUGACGGACCAGUCCAAGUCAGGCCUUACUCUUGUCGGGCUCGUGGCGAUCCAGGACCCGCCGAGGCCCGAGAUCCCAGGCGUGGUUCAGGCCCUGCGCGGUGCGGGUAUUCGCAUCUUCAUGGUGACGGGCGAUUUUGCACUGACAGCGCAGGCGAUCGCGUCGGAAUGCGGCAUCAUCAGCAGCGAUCCGGGAUCCGUCAGGACCGCCGCAGAUCUCGGCCGGAACCCACUGGCACAUCCUUCCGACCUCAACACCGGCGAAGGGCAGGCUAAGAUGGUCCGCUUCGAGGAUCAGCCGCGGCCGACCUCCAUCGUGGUUACGGGAUCAGACCUCAUGGCCAUGAACGAGUCUCAGUGGGACGAGCUGAUCAGGUCGUACACCGAGGUCGUGUUCGCGCGCACGACGCCCGAGCAGAAGCUACGCAUCGUUCGAGAGCUGCAAGGGCGGGGCCUGGUCGUGGGAAUGACGGGCGACGGUGUCAACGACGCACCUGCGCUGCGGGCGGCAGACGUGGGUAUUGCUGUUGGCUCCGGGUCCGACAUCGCGGUGGAGGCUGCCGACAUGGUGCUGCUGGAGAGCUUUAGCAGUGUUGUAGAGGCUGUGCGGUACGGGCGGAUGAUGUUCGACAACCUCAAGAAGACCAUUGCCUACCUGCUGCCCGCAGGAAGCUUCUCCGAAUUCUGGCCCGUCUUCACCAACGUCGCCUUCGGCCUGCCCCAGGUCCUCAGCAGCUUCCUCAUGAUCGUCAUCUGCUGCUUCACUGACUGCCUGGCCGCCACGUCGCUGGCGUACGAGAAGCCCGAGGCCGACGUGCUCCUGAGGCCGCCCCGCGUCGUCGGUGUGGACCGUCUCGUGGAUUGGAAGCUCAUCGUACAGUCGUACGGCUUCGUCGGCAUCGUGGAGACGGCCGCCUCCUUCGCCAUGAGCUACUGGUACCUCGAGCGCUCGGGCAUACCCUUUUCCAGUUUGUGGUUCGGCUUCGGCGAACCUGCCGGUAUCGACACGGACUACUAUACCGACAAGCUGAACGUAGCCAGCUCCAUCUACUUCAUAACUCUUGUCGUCAUGCAGUGGUUCAACCUCAUGUCCGUCAGGACGCGCCGCCUCUCUAUCGUGCAGCACCCGCCGUUGUUUAACAGAAGAUCCCGGAACGUGUGGCUCUUCCCCUCAAUCCUCUUCUCCCUAGCCAUGGCCUUCUUCUGGCUGUACAUCCCCAGGCUACAGGAGGUGCUUUCGACGGCCGAGGUUCCUGUCGAGUACUGGUUCCUUCCGAUGACCUUUGGACUUGGCAUCCUGUUGAUGGAUGAGUGGCGCAAGUUCUUUGUGCGCAAGUGGCCCACAGGACUGAUGGCUCGAUGGGCUUGGUAA